UACGAAACUACACUACCCGUGAUGCAUUGCGACUCCCUAGGUUGAAUGUCAUCAGAAGCGGUCGCGUCAAGCAUUACUUAAAAAGGAACUGUUAAAACAGUAUUAUUAUUAUUAUUUUUAUUUUUCAACUCCAUAAACCACAUAGCGAGCCUCAAGAAAGUCCACCCGUGCUAUGCGGCGUGUCCUUAUAAUCCGACAAAACGGCCUCAGGCGGCGAAAUUGCCCAAACUGAGCUAGCAACGAUGCUAAAAACACGAGUAGCUAGCUACCCUGCGCGCUUGCUUGAUUGACAGCUACUUCAAGUUUGUAUUUAAACUUUUUUAAAAACUCGCUCAUUUAUUUGGACUGGCUGUUUCUCGACAAUGAGUGACUAUCAUGGUGCUCCUGAGAGAAGGGAUGUGUCCUGGACUGGAUGAAGUUUUACUACGCCGCUUGCGAGAGGCUCAUAUUAAAACAGUGGAAGACCUGGUCUCGUCCAGCACCGAAGAGCUUGCACAGAAAUGCUCUGUGUCAUAUACGGCUCUGCUAACCAUCCGCAGAGUGCUGCUGGCACAGCACGCCGCCUUCCCGGUGUCGGGCGCCGAUCUCUAUGAUGAACUGCUCAGCUCCACCGCUAUUUUGUCCACUGGGAAUCCCAAGACAAGCACCUCUUCUUCCUCCUCCAUCGCCUCCUGGUAUCUUCCUACGCUCUUUACAAUCGCGACGAGAGCGUCCCACCAAGCGUCCAUCGCCGACUGGGGCCCGUGUUUAACUUUCAGCUUGGAUGUUUUACUGGAUUCAGGCGUGUACACCGGAGAGAUCACAGAGUUAGCAGGUGGACCAGGAAGUGGCAAGUCUCAGGUGUGUUUUGGCGUGGCGGUGCACAUUUCGCACCACCUGAGGCAAAAGGUGGUCUACGUGGACACCACAGGGGGUCUGUCGGCGAGUCGCCUUCAGGAAAUGUUGCAAAGCGAGACGAGCAGUGCCGAGGAGCAGAUGGAAGCUCUGCAGAGGAUUCACGUCCAUCGUGUCUUUGACGUUUAUUCUCUUCUACGGUGUUUGCAUCGUCUUCGCAGUGGAGAACUCCAGCAGGCGUGCGGCGGCGGCGUUGGCGGCGGUUCUGUCAAGGCGCUGAUUGUGGACUCUGUGUCGGCCGUGAUCGCUCCUCUGCUGGGAGGAAAACAUCAUGAAGGCCCGUUCAUGAUGAGUCAGGUGUCGGCAGCUCUGAAGACGAUCGCUAAAGAUUUCAACAUGGCCGCUUUAGUGACCAAUCACGUGUCGAGGAACGCCGACGGCGAGCUGCAGCCGGGCCUCGGCGUGUCUUGGAGCCACGUCCCCAGAACCAGAGUUCUGCUGGAACGAUCUCCAACCGUUGCCCUCCGCACACCCGCACUGCGCUCUGCCACCAUCAUCAAGUCCUCCAGAAGGCCUUGUUUCAUCCAAGCUGAGUUUGAUCUUCAGUGGUGGAGUCGCUCCAAGCACGGAGCAACAGGCAAGAGGAAACUGCACCAAACGGAUUCCUGACAAAGAAUCUUCAGUCCCUAGGUUACCAUGGCGAUGAUGUGACGCUGUCGGUGAAUGAGAAAGAGUGGUUCUAUUAAUGACUUUAACACAAAGAAGAAAUAAUCCAGAGACGCUAGCAGGGGGCGACCACACGGCGCCUGCGGAUGCACUCCCAUAUCCACCGCGCCGACACUUUCUGCGCCCGGCUGUCCUCCACGGGCUCGCUCAUCGUGUGCGUGGCCGAGGUGGAGUUGUACUCGGCCACCAGGUCACCGUCGUACGCCACAAAAUAACGCCGUAACUUGUCAAAGUCGUCAGCGCCCGCAGGCAGGAAGAGCUUCACCCCACUGAAGAUGUCCAACAGCGUCUGCAAGAGUGUGAAUCAGGCCCAUUUUAAUACAGGUAUUUCAAAAACAUGAAGUGUUUAUUACCCAACAUGCUUCACUGCCUGUGGGACUCUUUUUUUUUUUUUUUUAACCAAUAAAUUGCAAUCUAGGUUAUUUAAAUAACUGUUUGCGAUUGUACAAUAUGUGACCAUUAAUGAUGAUUACUGAAGGGAAUUACAUUUAAUGGCACUUUUCUCUAGAGCAGUGUUUUUCAACCUUUUUUGAGCCAAGUCACAUUUUUUGCAUUGAAAAAAUGCGCCGGCACACCACCAGCAGAAAUUAUUUUAAAAUUGAUACUCACUUAACAGUAAAAUGUGGUUGUCGCAAUUGUUGGAUAUGACCUUAAAGCAUAAGCAAGCAUGCAUCACUAUAGCUCUUGUCUCAAAGUAGGUGUACUGUCACCACCUGUCACAUCACAUCAUGACUUAUUUUCACCUUUUUGCUGUUUUCCUGUGUAGUGUUUUACUUCUUGUCUUGCACUCUUAUUUUGGUGGCUUUUUCUCUUUUUUUGUUGGUAUUUCACUGUAGCAGUUUCAUGUCUUCCUUUAAGCGAUAUUUCUACUUUGUUUUAGCAAUCAAGAAUAUUUCAGUUGUUUUCAUCCUUCUUUGUGGGGACAUUGUUUAUCAUCAUGUCAUAUUCAGUUGUACAUUGUAGACGCCGUCUUUGCUCCACAGUAAGUCUUUGCUGUCGUCCAGCAUUCUGUAUUUGUUUACUUUUGUAGCCCGUUCGGUUUUAGUUUGGUUCUGCAUAGCCUUACCUAAAGCUUCAAUGCCUUUUCUUAGGAGCACCCACAUUUUGAUUAUUUUUGGUUUAAGCAUUAGACACCUUUUUACCUGCAUGCUGCCUCCUGCUGUUACCGACAUCUACAAAGCAAUUAGUUACCGGCUGCCACCUACUGAUAUGGAAGAGCUCUAGACAGCACCGACACUCAACAACAACACAUCAAUUGCAGAUUAUAAUUACUGGUUUGCAAAAAAUAUUUUUAACCCAAAUAGGUGAAAUUAGACAAUCUCCCACGGCACACCAGACUGUAUCUCACGGCACAGUGGUUGAAAAACACUGCUCUAGAGCGUCAACGUGCUUUACAAAGUGAAACCUAUAAUUACAACUUUAAGCUACAUUUAAAUCAGUGCCUGUGGGUAAAGUGUCUUGCCCAAGGACACAACGGCGGUGACGAGGAUGGCAGAAGCUGGAAUUGAGCCUGGAACCCUCAAGAUGCUGACACAAAAGCUCUACCAACUGCGCCGAACGCCAUUUAUACUUGUGGUGUCAUAAAUUAUUGAUUUUCAAAUGAAUUGCAAUUCAAACUUGUAACUAUUUUUAAUCUAAAAAAUCAAUAAAAACAAAGUAACUUUUCUUUUUAAAUAUA